AUGAAUCACCAAUGUGCUGAUAAAAUUACAUUAGGUUCAAUUUCACAUCUUCAACGCCAUUCAAAAAAUACUUUGCAAGAAACAAUUGAAUUAGGUGGAAGCCUUAACCAAUUAGAAAAGAAAAGAAUUAAUGACAUUACCGAGGCAGAAAUUUCAGACAUUUAUUAUUAUACUACAGAGAGACCAGAAUUCGAGAAUUCGAAGAACAAUAUAUUAUUACCAGAUCCUAAAUUAAGUUUAAGAUCAAUAAUAUUAAGGCCAUUUGACACUACUUUAACUGAAGAAGGGUAUUAUAGAUCUUCAAUUCAAAAUUUACAGCAAGAACAAGGUCAAGAAUUAGAAGAAGAAUUGAGCAUAUUGAAUAAUGACGAUGGAAUCAUUCCUUCAAGAAAAAGAAAUUGGGCAUAUAAAGAAUUAAUGAUUCUAAUAGCAUCAAUAAAGAUACAAUUGAUGAAAUUAAUUCAUAAUGGAACAAUACAUUAG